CACCUCUGCGGUUCAGGGUGAGUAAAAGAAGGCUUAGCUCCGGUAAUCUGCCUGUCAGCUCAGCACAGGAUACUCACCACGCGGCUCGGAGGUCAUGUGGCCCCGGCAGGCGGCGCCGCUUGCUGAUGUAACGGAGCAAAGAGACCGUCACACCGGGGACACCAGGAAGUUUUACCGGGAGGCUCGGAAGCACGUCCCCCAGUCUGUUUUUCAGUAUGACAGGUUUGUGAAACAUGGGUAAAAUGUUUUGGGAUAUUUUUCAGGAAUCAUUGCACCCACACUUCAAGGAUACAGAGGAUCACUGGCCGCCUGCUGUGCUGUUUGGUGUUGAAAGCAUCAAAGUGAGAUGAGAUCGACAUCAACAACAUUGACGAUUACCAUGAGCAGCUCCAGAGGGACGCCCACUUCCUGUGCUCGGAUCAGAGGAUGGACACUGAACUGAUGGACAGAUUGGUGCUGCAGCUAAACAGGAUCUACCCCCAGAUACUCAGUGACAAGGAAGCCCACGGGUUCAGGAAGCUGAGCGUUCCCACCAAGGUGCGGUUAGCCGAGCUGUUGAAGCACCUGCACAGGAAGGGCGAGGAGGCAUGUCAUGAAUUCUACAGAGGACUUCACAUCCACGCUGAGGACGUCUACUCCAGCCUGCCCACCAGAGUCAUACAGAAAGAAACGUCUGAUGCAAAAUGGUCUAACACCAUGGCGAUCCACCAAGAGCGAUAUGUGCUGAAUGACAGAGGACCAAUGUUCUUCCUGAGCUGUUUCAGUUUUGCAGUUGGAAUUGCAAUGCUCUACUAUUACGGAGAGGGUGAGACACUGAGAAGCACCAGCCCUUUUCUUCACUGCUCAGCAGCAAGAUUUAGUAAAGGCGCUAAAGAUGUUUUUAUAUCCUAUUCGGAGGUUGGCAGGCGAAAAAAAGAAGACCGUUAGAUGCUGAAUUGCUUGAGGCGCUGUGAGAAGAACAAGCUGUGAAAUUUGCCACUUUGCUGUGCCAAACUCAUACACACUUUGAGAGCUAAAAAUUACACGCAUUUGUAAGCACUAAUUGACUUGUUUUUUAAACUGAAGCCAACAUUAUGUGUGUCAUUCUGUGUUGAAAUUCCCACAGCUGACGUUGCUUUACAUGGAUUUUUGGAAAUAAUCGUAUCUGAAUUUAUUGUGCGUAAAAAACAAUAAUAAUUCCAAUCACAUUUUCAGCUAAAAUGAAGCGGAAUAAUAACUGAGAAAUUGCACACCCACACAGCUGUUUUCAAAUACUCACAGACACAGACAGAUUAGACUGCUCAGGUAGAAGUUGGGUGGAGCUAUGCAGGGAAUCGCAUCAUGUCUACAAAAUAUGCAUCAACACGAAUGACAGAGGGUUGUCCCUCUCGAACAGGUACACCUAAACCAACAGGAAGUACGGUAUGUCAAUCAAACACAGCUUGUUGACACACACAAGAAGAAGAGGACUAAGUAGGCAACCUAAAUGAAAAUGCCUGUGAGCUCUGGUGUACCACAGUUUCUCAAACACAAAAUAGAUAUGUCCAACCACGCACACACUUCAGUGCCUUUAUUAAUACUGUGAUGGUGCUGUUGGAAAUCUAAUGACUAAAGUGCACUGUAAUCAUUUUCAUGAUUUGCUCAAUUAAAGCAAAUGCUGACAUCAA